AUGAUACCUGCUUUUGCUAAGGGAUAUAAUAAGCUCAUUUAACUUACAACUAUUCAACAGUUAGAAGACCUCAAAGAUAAGACCAAGGAUAAGAUGAUAGCUAUAUUAUUCUGGGCAAGUUGGUAUCCUGAAUGUGAGGAUAUUAAAAAGCUAUUUGAGGAUCUGUGCAUUGAUCAUAAUCACAUUAAAUUUACCUGGAUCGAGAACCCUAGAAAACACAACAUUAUAGAGGUAAUGAAUGCUUAUGAGGAAUUCUACAACAAAUUAUUCAUAAAUGAAAGAGUUAGAGCUUAUAAUGAUAUUGAGGAGAUUCUUGGUUCAUACCCUAUAGUCAUAUUCAUUAGAGGUUCUCCUACUGAGCCUUAAUGCAAGUCAUCAAGAGUGCUUUUGGAAUAUUUAACAAAAAUGGAGAUUAAGUUUAGACAUUUUGAUAUUCUUUCAGAUUAGAGACUCAAAGAAUGGCUUAAGUUUUAUUCGAAUUGGCCGACGUUUCCUUAGGUCUUUGUCAAUACAAAGUUUAUAGGAGGCACUGAAAUCGUAAUAGAAAUGAUUGAGAACGACGAGUUUCUUGGGAUAAUUCCAACUGAAUGCAUAAAAACAAAUGCUCUUGAAAGAAUCAAACUUGCUCUGUAGAAAUCAAUAGUAGUAGUUUUUAUGAAAGGGAAUCCUUAAAAUCCUAGAGAUGGCUACUAAACUGAGUGCAUUAAGUUACUUCAAGAUAAUCAAAUAAGAUUUUCUCAUUUUGACGUGCUUAAAGAUCCUAAAUUCAUUGGAGGAUUAGAUUACCUCAAGGAGCUGAUUGAAAAAGAUGGGUUAGUCAAAAUCAUUCCAAUGACUGAAAUGAUUGUUACAAUGAGGACGAAGGUUAUGAAACUUAUUAAUAAAGGCAAAUUUACGAUAAUGAUAAGAGGUAGUCCAGAAUUUCCAGCUUGUGGAGAUUCGAAAAAGGCUAUGGUUGUUUUAGAAAAGUAUCCUAAAAUUAUGGAGUAACUAGAGUAUUUCGAUCUUUAACAGGAUGAUUCAAUAACUCGGGCUUUACUUAAUUACUCCAACUUUGGAAGUAUCCCCUAAUUUUAUAUGAAUGGAAAGCUUAUUGGGGGUCAUGAAGUCAUUGAAAAUUUAGACAGCACUGGUGAGAUUGAGAGAUUAAUUUUAGAAAGUGAUGUAAUAAGAAUGAAGAAAUGA